GGCCGUCCAGAUUAGGAGAGGAAGGGCAGAGAGGCAGUCGAGUCCUACCAGGGUGAGGCAGAGAGGCACUUGACCCGGACCAGACAGGAGCACAGUUUACCUCUACUGGGGAAGAGCAGAGAAACAACUGACCUCUACCAAGGAAGAGAAGAAAGACAGCUGACCCCUACCGGACCGCACCGACCUUCCUCAAAUACUUUGGCGUAAAAAUCUGAGCCAUUUCCGCGAGUCUCUUAUAAUUCAGCCAAACGUCGCCGUGUUCACCAGGAAAUGAUGGGGACGAAAGUUUAACGACGGCAGAUAUGGCAAAAGUUUGACUUUUCCGUCAGUUGGGUGAGACGACUUUGGCACACAUGAGGGUCAAAGCCAGGAGGAAUUUUCGAAAAAAAAUCUGAAAUGGAAACUUGACAAGGACUUUGGCCAUAUCGGCGGCAGAAGCGAGAAGGCGAGGGCUGCCGCAUGCGGUGCCGAGGAGGGCACAUUAUCCCGCUAGCAGGAUGCACGCAGCUAGAGAUACUGUUGCUAGCAGGAUGCACGCAGCCAGAGAUACUGAGGCAGGUGUAAUAUACUGUUGCUAGCAGGAUGCACGCAGCCAGAGAUACUGAGGCAGGUGUGAGAUACUGUUGCUAGCAGGAUGGACGCAGCCAGAGAUACUGAGGCAGGUGUAAUAUACUGUUGCUAGCAGGAUGCACGCAGCCAGAGAUACUGAGGCAGGUGUGAGAUACUGUUGCUAGCAGGAUGGACGCAGCCAAAGAUACUGAGGCAGGUGUAAUAUACUGUUGCUAGCAGGAUGCACGCAGCCAGAGAUACUGAGGCAGGUGUGAGAUACUGUUCCUCUGCUGAAGGUGAUGUGGCUCAUCGGGUCUGACAGCGUCACACCAGCGCCUAGAGAACAGUGUGUGGCAAGACACGAUCAUCUCCACUAGUGCCUAGUUAGAUGGUUCUCUCCAGGCACCAAGCCAAGCCUGUGAGGCUCCCAACACUCACCUCCGCGAUAGCUGAACACGGACAGUGAAACUUCACUAGUCUGAAGGAAGUCGUACAGAAGAUGCGGAUAAUGGAGACCAUAACAAAUAAAUGUAAUAGUGUUUUAUAUAUAGAUUAUAAUUAAUUCAAAUGUCAACUUUAUCAUGAGAAAUCUUAGUGGAAAUUGAAGCCUUAUAUUUAUAUGCAAACACACAAAGUAGAAAUUAGGAAGCGAGUGAAGUGCAGAGUUGAGGAAGAUGAGCGGUCGAGGAUGUCGCCGACCGUACGUCCGGCAGCGACGCGAGAGUGACGAGGGCGAGGAGGAAGGGUUCUUGUACUGCCUCAUGUACUACUUCGACGAGGCGCGGCGCGAGUCGGAGGAGGGCGCGGGGCGCGGCCGACGGUCCCGCCGCUACUGUGACGACGACGAUGACGACGACCCCAAGAAAAAGGACGACGACGACGAGGAGGAGGUGCUGAACCCCUUGGUGUACCGGGAACCGGUGGCGGGGCGUCGGCCCCGGGGCGGAGGCAUGAUGCGUCGAGCCUACACUCCGGACCGCGAGGCCCUCGCGCGCUCGACGGCCGCGACUUCCCUCAGGUCGCGCUCCCACUCCCAGCCUCCAGAGCUCAGCCACAGCGAGGUGUCGAGGCGUCAGCGCAAGAAGAAGUAGACGUCGCUGGAGGUUCAGUCAUACCAAAGUACAAGUGAUUACACCUACGAGUAGAUAACAGUCAGAUGUAUACAACUACGAGUAGAUGGCAGUCAUAUGUAUACACCUACGAGUAGAUGGCAGUCAUAUGUAUACAAAUUAAGAGUAAAACUCAUAAAAGUGCAUUAGAGUAUGAGGGCCUUACAGACACCAGAGAUCAACCAUCCGUGAACGCUGUGAAGAGGCCAGAUGUAAACACUAAAGUUGGAAGAUAACAGAUAGUGUUGGUAAACCAAGUCAGAUGAUAACUUAAACUGUUGAUAACACGCAAACACUGAACAAGAUGUGUAAGUUCAACUCUCAUGAAGGAAAUGAGAUCAAAGCCUAACUUAUAGAAGUAGAAUAUGUUAAUAGGGAAAUAAGAAGCAGACGUGAUAGGCAGAUAAUAGUAGAUAGUAGAGCCAGACACACCAGUAGUGAGAGCUCUCACACCACCACGUGAGAGAGCUCUCAACACCAACAGUGAGAGAGCUCUCACAACACCACCAGUGAAAGAGCUCUCACAACACCAACAGUGAGAGAGCUCUCACAACACCAACAGUGAGAGAGCUCUCACAACACCACCAGUGAAAGAGCUCUCACUACACCAACAGUGAGAGAGCUCUCACAACACCAACAGUGAGAGAGCUCUCACAACACCAACAGUGAGAGAGCUCUCAACACCAACAGUGAGAGAGCUCUCACAACACCAACAGUGAGAGAGCUCUCACAACACCAACAGUGAGAGAGCUCUCACAACACCAACAGUGAGAGAGCUCUCACAACACCACCAGUGAGAGGGCU